CACAGCCAUAGCCAAAUCCCUGGUCUCGGAGCCCGUCCCCCCCUCCAUUUCCCGUGCUCGCACGCUGCGUCGGCGGGUAGCGCAUUGCGUCCUCGUUCCCUGCUCCGCAUUCGCGACUCCGUCCGAUCGCCUCCCACCUUCCUUGUAAGUUGAGACGUGCUCCCCUGCCUCCGCUUGCCUGGGUUGCGUGAUCGUGCGUGGGAAGCUCACGUGCGAGCGCGGGAUUCGUUGAUUCUUUCUUUCAGGGUUUUGGGGCGACGGGGAUUUGCAUUCGACGUUGUGGGUCGUUGUUGGUACAAGGUGGGUCCGUGCCGGUCUUUCCUUUGGUGGUACGAUUGUUUGCAGAUUUGAACCCUGCUCCGUCACCCGGUUGGCGCACUCAUCGUCGAGAAUGGUUGAGUCACGUUUGUGCAGAAUGCAGCAGCGUUUAGCUUCAGGUAGUUUGGACUGGCAUUUGGAAGAUGCUAGAAGAAGGCAUUUUUUUUUCUUGCGGGGAGCUGUUCUAUAGAUUGACGCGGAGGAAAAGUGCGUAGGGUUGACAUGUGCAGACUUUAGGACUGGUGCGACGGCCAGGGUGGUAAUUGUGAUCACAUUGUUUGUAAUCCACAACAAAACAUGGAUAUGUUCAGGAAAAGCGCCAAUAAACUUCGCGAACAGGUUGUCAAGCAACAACAUGCUGUUCUAAAGCAGUUAGGGGGGCAUGGAUCUGGCAGUGAUGUGAUCAUCGAUGAGGCUGAAUCACAAAGGCACCAGCAACUUGAGAAGUUAUACGCUUCUACCAGGGCUGCAAAACAUUUCCAGAGAGAGUUGGUAAGAGGUGUCGAAGGGAUUGUUAGUACAGGUAGCAAGCAACUAGAAGUUGCAAACAAGCUUGCAGACGAAUGUAAAAAAUAUGGAACUGAGGGUGUAGGGGUGGGUGGUGCUCUUUCUAAAGCCUCUUUGCAAUAUGGCACGGCCAAAAUCCAGAUGGAGAAGGAGCGGGAUUCUAUGCACCGGGUCUUAAGCACGCAGGUGGCAGAUCCUUUGAGGGCCAUGGUCAAUGGCGCACCUCUGGAAGAUGCUAGGCAAUUGACACAGCGUUAUGACCGCUUACGUCAAGAAGCAGAAACUCAAGCCAGCGAGGUCAGCAAGAGGAGAACUAAAGAUGCAGGUGGUCUCGAGAAUGUCGUGAAGCUGCAAGUUGCUGAAACAAAGAUGCAGGAACUCUCAUCGUCAAUGGCAGUUUUGGGAAAGGAAGCAGCAUCUGCAAUGACUGCUGUAGAAGCUCAACAGCAGCGUCUUACGCUGCAGCGCAUCAUUGCACUGGUACAUGCCGAGCAGGCAUAUCAUCAACGAGCUGCCGAGAUACUGGACCAGCUUCAAGAUCAUUUAGUAUCUGAACUGCAACACAGUGAGGCAAGCGUACCAUCCUCUGGAACGACUGUCAAAACUCCUACUUUUGUGGAUGCAGAUAUAGGCGAUGCGGUUCAAACCAAACGCAGUCAAACAAGGAAUUAUUUCAUUGCAGAAGUAACUCAUCCGUUUGAGGCAGAGAGCCACGGGGAACUUUCAUUAUCCGUUGGAGAUUUCGUUGUAGUGCGUCAAGUUGCUCCAUCUGGUUGGUCGGAGGGAGAGUGCAAAGGUCAAGCAGGGUGGUUUCCUUCGUCGUAUGUGGAAGCAAGGCAGCGGAUGCCUGGGGACAAGGUUACUGAAGGGUUUUCUGGUGUGUAAUUUCGUGGUGCGGUAUCAAUUUCUGGGGGAGCUGCAUUCGAUGGUCAAACUUGGAUCAUCUAUCUUUUAGCUGAGUACCCUCUUUGAGUAUCUUUAUGGUGGCGAUUGGCUGCUCUUGAGGUAUAGAAGCCGACAUGCUUCUCUUGACAGGUCUGAGUCUAUUCAGUUUAAUUUAGUUCACGUCAAUUCUGAACUUCUGUCAUAGUACAGGCGUCACUUAUUGGAGUCUAGAAAUGAAUUCUGUACAUGUGUUGGACAAGUCUGCAACCUCUCUUAAAACCAAGUGUUGCUACUCGUUUUUUUGUCUAUCUUUCAGUGUGCGCGACCGUGGCUUACUCUUUGUUUUCCUGGAAAUCUAACAUCGUUGGUCGGAUGGAUCAAAUUAGCAAAUGCUGAUUAAGUGACAUAAUUCAGAGACCACAACGAUCAGAUUGUUCAGAGACACCAGCGAUGAUACUGGGUAUGUUUACAUUCUUUUUGAACUAA